CAAGAGAGAACGACUCGAUCUUCAACGACAACCAUCAUGGCGGCCACCACACGGCUCAUAUCAAGGUUGACAGUUGUCACGGGAGGGGGCAGCGGGAUUGGCCGAGCCGUAUGCCAGCGAUUUGCCUCCGAGGGUGCCAUAGUGGUGGUCGCUGACAUCAGCGAGGAGUCAGCCAAUCAGACCCUGGGCAUCCUGAACCAUGACCACAAAGGGCAGGACCACAUGGCGUCUGCUGUGGAUGUUUCAUCAAGGGAGAGUGUAGAGAAACUACUCACAAGCAUACAGUGUCGGUACUUCCAGCCUCCCUCAGUAUGUGUGAAUGCUGCAGGGAUCACUCGGGAUGAGUUCCUCCUGAAAAUGGAGGACGAGGACUUUGACCAGGUUAUCCAAGUCAACCUAAAGGGUACAUUCCUCCUGACUCAGGCUGUUGGCAAGGCUCUGGUUGCCUGUGGAGCUCCUAAAGGCUCCAUUAUUACUGUGGGCAGCAUUGUGGGCAAGGUGGGCAAUAUUGGACAGGCAAACUACUCUGCUUCCAAAGCAGGUGUGGAGGGCCUGACCAGAACUGCAGCCAAGGAGCUGAGCAGAUAUGGGAUCCGGUGUAACUGUGUGCUUCCGGGGUUUAUAACCACACCCAUGACUGAUAAAGUACCAGAGAAAGUAAUCAGUCAGCUUACGUCCAUGGUGCCACUGGGGAGGAUGGGAGAGCCUGCAGAGGUAGCUGAUGUAUGUGCCUUUCUGGCUUCAGAUGACUCUCGUUACAUCACCGGAACCAGUAUUGAAGUAACAGGAGGCCUUUUCAUUGGCUGAGACAACUUUCCAUCAUCCUCAUUAAGACCAAUGAGGCAAGUUCCCAUCUAGGUCCAGGAAUUGAGUAUUGCUUCAACGUUCACAUUGUGCCUUCACUUGUAAUAAUACAACUGAUUGGGGAUCAAUCUUGUUUUGUAGAUCUAGUCAAUAUGUACAAGGUAAAUGUGCAAUAAAUUAAAACCAAUGUUUGUAA